GUAUCAUUUUUACUGAAAAUUAUUGAGAUUCUUAUCUCUCUUGCUAUGCUAACAUAUGCUUUUAAAAAAUAACAACAUUAAUUUUUAAUUCUUAAUUUUUGAUUUUAUACAUCUGCAAUUAGCAAACAACAUCUGAGGAGGUAAUAGCUUGACAGGGACCCUCUCUUUAAAUGAUGGCUUUAGGUUGUGAUAACCCCGCCAGUCACCCUCUUCCUAGACGAGAAGUCAAAGAGUUAGAGCUGAAGAAAAACCGUAACGAUGGUUACAAGAUUUGGAUUAAAAUCACAGGAAUGGAGAAAUAGCACCUUGCCUGGCUACGCUGUGUUUUGAGGCAGAUGUGCCUGUCCAAGCGCAGCUGUGCAGGGAGGGGGUGUCACCCAGCCAGGGUAAAUUAGCUAAGUCAGCAGUCAGCUCGCAUGAUCUUAUUGUUUCCAAAAAGUAACAGCUUUGUUAAAGACUCAGUGCUGAAUCUUUAAUCAAAGAAACCAGGAGCUUUCAUUUUAGCUUUCUCUAAAGGACAACAGCAACAGGGAAACAUCAUGUUUGCGAAGGAAAGAUUAGACACAUCUAAAUAUUAAUAAGAAGGAAGAUAAAACAGGUAAUUAUUACUAAAACUCAUCGAUUUUCAGCCACUCAGGACUUUCAGAGGUCUAAUUUAUGUUAUAGUGUGCUUUGGCCUAGAUACAUCAAUUAUAUAGCUCAGGAGCUGGGGAAACGCCACCCUGUCAAAACGUUUUGCCAUUCUGUAGGUAUUUCAGCUUGUCAAAGUAAAAGCAGACAGAAGUGUUGGUGAGCCAUGGUGCUACUCAGGCUCAGCUUUCUCCAGUAUUUGCCCUGUGCUCUGGUCCCUCCAGGACAGCAGAGGAGCUGUUGGUGGUCCCCUCUUUGGGGGACCUCCUCCCACCAGCCUUGCUGUUCCCACCACCUUCUCACCGCCCUGCCAGGCUGGGCAGCCACAGCCCGUGGCCGUCAUGCGGACAUCACUGGCAGGUUGUUCGCUUCUUGGGUGUUUGCAGAUUACAGAUGUAGACUGUGAAAAUGAGCCGGGUGUUACCAUUUUACUAGUAGGUUGGCCUGAACCUGUGUGUCCCAGCUCACAGUUAGGAUGGGGAGGAAGUGAGUAAGAGUGACCUGUUCUGGAAAGAGCUAGUAUCAGCACGUAUUUCAUUUGUGAACACUUAUUUACAUACAGCUUUUAGAAAUACAGAAAGAAAAAAAAGAAAAUUGCUGUAAAACUCAUAAUAACAAACUAGCCCAUAUAAUUAUAAACAAACGACAAUCUUUUCCAACUUUCUUCUUCAGAAGGGCACCAAGAGUUAAUUUUGACUUGGCUUCUUGUUGCUUUCUCCUACACAAUAAAAUGGCAUUUUAACAGAUUUUUCUCUUUUAUAUUUGGCCAGCCUUACUGUUAUGUGCUUUAAAGGUUUGUUCUUUGCAGCACAAGACUUUAAAAAGUACAUUAGGAUUCUUGGGUGGCAGAGGCUCUGCAGGCAAGUUAUCACAACAUUAUUAUUCCUAUUCAAACACUGAGCUCAUUCCAAUUUAUUCCACUUUUUUCCACCUCUAACAAUAAUCUUUUUAUGAAUGCAGAGCUGCAGUAACUCUACUCCUCGUGCUGCGUACGCCGGGGAGCGCCUGGAGCCCAGCAGACAGGAGCAGCUGGCAGAGCCCUUGCGUUAACGUCGUAGUUGGUUGUUUUUCUCAAAGGUGGACUACUGCUUUAGGUAGCCUUUAAACACUACCACAUCUCCUAUCUCCUGGUAGCUGUGUCUGGAUUAGGGAUUGCCCACACGUCUUUCCUUCUCCUGUCUCCUGAUGAGGAGGUACACACCCGCUGCAGGAGGACAACCUGUAUAGCUCCACAGCAGGAGCAGAGGUCCCAGCAGCAGCGAAUGAGGACUUCAUGGAUAGUGUUGUAGGGGGGUUGGAAAGCCUGGUCAGGACUUAAAAUGGUGAGCCAUGGUGGAGAUGUGCUGUGAAGGAGGUAUGAAUGCUGGCUGGAGCAUCUUCUGCAGGCGCAUUAGAGGCUGAGCCCCAAAGGGAGGGUGCUGCUGCCUGCUCUGGGGCUGCCGGGUUGGCCCAUGCCUCUCCCUGGGGUAAUGGUGGCCCCAUGGGCUAGCAGGAGGCAAGGCCAAGGCAUGGGGUCACCAGAAGCUGUGGAGGAGGCGAGCAGGCUGCUGGCGCUGGAUAGGAUGAACAGGAGGAUGGGGCUGGGAAGGAGGGAUAGCGAGGUACUGGGCUCCGCAAGCCGCGUGUGGGCCUUUGGGCUGGGAGAAGCUGGGAGAUGGCAACUUCUGGCUGUGGGCAGGGCUCUCACUGUGCCUGCAGAGCUGCAGUUACAGAGCCGUGCAACCCCAAAAAAAUAAGUCCUGUGAAAGGGAGUGUCAGAGCCAGCCGAGCCUGAGCUGAGCAUCUGUGUCAGGGGGAAGCGGGGGCAAGGCAACGUUGGCCAGAGACCCUUCUGCGAGGGACGGAGGCCCUGUCUGCUCACCUGCCCUGGGAGGUUGGUUGCUUGUGGAGGGCUUGCUCUGGCGUUGCAGAGCGCUUGCCGAGGCUUGUUGGGGUUUUGCUCCAUGCAGAUGAGCCGCAAGAGAUAAUGAAUGCCAGCGAUGGUGCGGGAUGCUGAGCAUGUCGGCAGCGCCUACAGCAGUCGGCUGAAUGUGAACCAGCAGUGUGCUCUGGUGGCGAAGGAGGCCAACUGCACACUGGGUGUGCAGGAGGGCAGCCAGCAGCUCGGGGAAGGGAUUUUUCCCACCGCAUUCAGCAUCAGUGAGACUGCGUCUGGGGUAAACUUGCAUUUGCAGUCAUGUGCCUGGUUUUGUGCUCCCCGGUACAAGGAAGGCAUCGGUAGACUGGCGCAAGUCCAAAGGGGGCAGCUGAAGGGGUCAGGAGCUGGAGCCCAGGAGAUGAGUGCAGAGGUGGGAAGGUUGGAGUUUGGCCAGCCUGAUGGGUCCUGUCCCCUCCUACCUCAACGGAGUCUGCAGAAGCGAUUGAACCAGACUCUUGGAGGUGUCUGGAGAAGGAUAAGAAGCAACAGGCACAAGCUGCAGCAAGGGAUGUUGCAGUUAAACAGUAAGAGGGGAGGAAAAAAAAAAUUCACUCUUGAGGGGAGUGAAGCGCUGCCAGGAGAGGUGGUGAAGUCUGCAGCAUCAGAGUUAGGCAAAACUUGGAAGAACAAGCUCUUGAGCAACCCAGUCUAAAACAGAUCUGACUGGAGUGGGAGACUGGACCAGGUAGCAUGUGAAGGUCCCUUUCAACCAGUAUCAUUUAUUUAUUAUUACUAUGUUUUACUUAAUGGAGAAAAUGACCACAGAAAAAGACAGUGGUCUCCCACGAGAGGGCCCCCGAGAGAAGGGCUGAGCCACCUCGAGCAGUUUUUUCUGCUUGCCCUGGUCAGUGGAUCCUCUCCAUCUUCCUGAAGCAGACAUCCCCGCGUGCUCUCCCGCAGGAGCCUCCCUGCUCCCCACGGCCAGCCAAGAGCCGAGGGCAGGUCCUAGGCCUUCUUGCACUCCUGCGUAGAGCUCUGCGUCUCCUAGUGCGAAUGACAAAAGUCGUGGAUGGAGAUGGAUUUCGGAAACAGAUUUUUGCUGAGAAGGGAGUGCUGCUUCUAGCAGAGCACAACCGGGCUGGGCUGCCUCCGCAGCUCUUCCGAAGGCAGGUCAGAUAUCACUCCUGUUACAGCAGCCAGGAAACAGCUGUGCAUCCAUCAGCUUCUUCAUUAGUCUGGCACCGUACUUCUCAAUUUUAAUGCAAACUGAACAUAAACCGAACCUGAUGCAAUUUCAGUGUACUGACAGGUCUUGAAAAUUGGUUCAGACCAGAGAAGAAGCAAGACUGCUGAUGCAAGGAAACUAGCUAGCAGGGGACAGUCAUGCUUUUCGUUGCCCCAUCUAAACCUGCCUGCAUACAGCUCUGGGACAGGCAAGAAAAAGCAAAAUGCAGCGCAGUGCUCCUCGGAGACCUGCACUCCCAGGUGUCCCCCAGGGUGCUCGGGGGCGCAGGGCUGCGUGCAGACGGCAGAGUGCGUCCUGCCUCUGGGUGCGUGUCACUGCCUGCCUCCUCUCCUGGGGUGGCACCAACGCCCUGGAGAAGACGGGAGCUGUCACUGGCGUCCCCAGCACGGGGGUGAUGGUGCUGCCCCUGGUUGCUGGGCUUGGCUUCCGGUCCCCACCUCGGCCCUCGGGCACUGUCCCCACCCCGCAGAGCGUGGACAAGGAGCUUUACCCAGUCCGUGGGACAAGGUAAGCCCUGAAUAUGCUCCUGAGGCCAAAUAUUGGCACAGACUCAUUGGUCAUGUUCAUUUGAAUCUCUUCUCCUUUGACAGGAUAUUUCAUUAUUAAAUUUUAAAAUAUUUCUUUUCCCUUCCCGUGUCUUUUAUUCCCUUAGUAGUAAUUGUAACAAAAAUUAGUUGUGACACUGAUACCAGCUUUUCUCUCCCUGCUUUCUGCCCCGGAGCAGUACAAAUCCUGUCUGCAGUCUGAAUUGGUGCUGGGCAUGGCAACAAAUACGUAUCACCAAGGAAUGGGGCAAAAGCAGCUUUCGAGCUCUUCCCCGUUUUUCUAGUGAAGCUGGACUUGCUGUAUCAUUUCUCUACGUCAUAAAACUGCAAAGCUGGCAACUGCCCAGAAACAGCUUCCUCUUCCCAAGGGAGGAGUUAACGUGGCCAGGCUGGGAAAGGGGCCAAUAUUUCCGGCUCGUGAUGGUCCCUCGCUGCCCCAUGUCACCCGCCAGUGGUGUACAGCACAGCUGAAUGGUUCAUGGCUCGGCAGAAAAACCCAAAUGCUAUCUGAAAGCCUGUGGCUGUGCAGCCGAGACUGAGAUAACGUGAUGGGGCUGGACCCUGCGGCUUUCGGAGAAGCCAGAUUUUCCCAUCACGAAACUGCAUUUACCUCUGCUUUUAAGCAUGAGCAGCAUAAUGUGAUGGGCACAAAAGGAAUAGUGCAGUAACUGAAUAUAACCAGUGCUCUUCCUAGGGUGUAGAUGAGAGGCCAUAGAGCCUCCUGGGGAGAAAUCUUCUGUUAUGACAGGCAGUGUUUUCUAUGGAAGGUCUCAGAGCACCCACAAGUUGGGAAGCUGCACGUGUGUGAAAAGGAAGUGAAAGCCGCAGGAAACCUGCUUUGUUAUUAGCAUCCAAGCUUAUUUUGCUAUCGGUGCGUCUUGCAAAUCUUAGCUCAUCUCCCACAUUUUCCUUUCUAUCUUUCUAUUUGCUUAUCUUAUGUCAAGAUGCAGCCUAUAUGGCUUGCAGCUCGGCAAUAUUUGUUCUGUAUCCCGCAGCCGCAGUCUGCUAACUUCCUGAAGGUGCGGGGUCAGGGGUCUAGCCGAGAGGGAUUUAUUCCUGGAGUGCUGUAAUUAUUAAUGCAUUAGCUCCCCCAGCUCCUUUUCCCUUGGGCAGUCCAGCUCUGUCACCGGUGGCUGUAGCUGUGCAGCCAUUCGGGGACAGGGGACAGCCUGCAGCGGAGGCAGCGGUGCUCGCCUGGGGACCGGCCCUGUUCUCCUCCCAGCACGGGGCUGCCGCGUCCGCGUUUUCCUGCGGAGGCCGAGCCAGCUGGCACUGCAUCGCCUUCACCGCUUCGCCUUCAGGGAGGAAAAGGAACCUUUUGGGGCCAUGGCAGCCUAAACAGGAGGUGAUGAGGAGGAAAAGGAUGUGCCUUUUAGGGCUUUUGCAGGGAAAAGCUUCCAACCUUUUUCAGGGUUUGCAUUUAUUUCUUUCUUUUCGUGAGAUUUCCAUGUGGUUCUCCAUUCCCCUUCCUCACCGUCCCUGGAAACGGGGAGGUGUGACGAAGGAGGUGGAAGGAUGGGAUCCCCCCAGAAGAAAGCAGCCUUCGCUCCCACCCACCUGCAAGCACAGCCUGUGCUGUGAGACACCCGCGUUCGCAGCCGCAGGUCCUUAGCCAGCGUGCCAACGAGCGCACACCCCGCCAGGAGACCCCGCAGAUCCGCUUUGUUUAGCCGAGGAGGAAGCGAUAGCACAAAGAAGGGAAAUGGCUUGGCGAAGGUCCCCCGGAGCGGGUGCCGGAUCCAGGAAUAGCGCCACAGCUCCCGCUGCUGCCUCCGGCAGCCGAGCGGGCAGGAGGGACGGGAGCUGCCGUGCCAGGCGGUGGCACUGAUCCUGCCAGGGCGAUGUGGCUGGUCAGCGCUGGGCUGCUCUUCCCCCGGAGCCCUCUGGCCGUGCGUAUUGUGGUGUUAAGAUGUGCCGUAAAAGAUGAUCCGCUUCGUGCGGAUGCUCCGCUCUCAGAAACAGCCGAGGAGACUUCCAUGAUAACGUCCCCCAGCCUGAAUGCCAUCCGUGGCCUCAGGACUGAAAAUACAGCCCUGUUCGGAGCAUUUGGCCCUGCAGCCAGCCGCUGGCCGCUGCCCUGCCUGUCUGCACAGCGGGGUUUAGCCUAGGAGGAAUACGUGAAACUAUUUUAAACUGCAUGUGGUGCAAUGCAUGCACACGCACAACCGGCCAGCAAAUGGGCAGUGUGGCUGUACAGCCCCGUGGGCGAUUGUCCAUAGGCCACGUGCAGGCAGGAGCUCAGGGUAGGAGGCCAAAAUGAAGCAGAGCAGAGAUUUGGGCAAAGCUGGCGCAAAAUCCGUGCUGGGUGAGAAGCAGCACUGGGGAAAUCAAGGCAGAGCUGAACGUGAGACAGUGGGUGCAGAGGCAGCGCAGCUGGGCAGGAUAAAUGGACGCAGGGCGCUGGGAGCUACAUCUGCCAUUGCUGAAUCGUUUUUCUUGUGCCCUGAGUCCACCUGCCCUUGUUUUAAGUGGCAACUUUCCCAGUGAUUCAUUAGGGCGCUAAAAGUCAUUUCGGUUUGUCCAGAUGAAAGUGUGACAUAAUCAAAAGCUGGAAAAGGCAAUGUGUGAGCAUAGCCCUCAAAACCAGCAGUUACAGGCAGAACAAGAACCAGGAUUUACAGGCUGGAUUUAGACUAAAUUAAAAUAAAGAAUAAGGAAUUUAACAGUGCAAGGAACAAGCCUUUAGGACAAAUACAAGAACAGUAGUUCAUCAUUUCUAGUCUUUACAGACAUCUUUCUGAGACACGCAUUUGAGUUCGGAAAUCAAUUAGGGACUUUCUGCAAGAGUUGCAGGUUCUGUAAAAAUGCCUUUUGCAGAUCACAUCAGACAGUUGUAAUGGUUCCUUUAGGUUUGAAAUCAAGGGCAUUUCCAUACCUUUCUUGGAGCUGGGAAGCAUGCCGCUCCACAGGCCCCCACCCCCGGGACGGCAUUGUACCAAGGUCCCGGUCCUCCCUUUUCCUGUAGGUGGGGUUUCCAUAGGAAACACCAGCUCGUCCACCUCCCAGCCCUGGCCGGCAGCCGGCCGGACGCAGGGCUCCCUGACUGAAGCUGCUCUGGUGGCGGUCCUCUUCUCUGGUGCCGAGGCAUUUCAGCCCAGCGAUCAGCAGCAUCUUCUGCCUGUCCUCCGGCGAUGGUAGGGAAGGGGAGAACUGCUACUCAACGCAGCUGGACUUGCGAUUUCUGUUCCUUUCCAGUUGGUAACGUGUGCCUAUGGGAUUUGGAAAUGGGAGACGAUGCGAAGGAUUUGCAAAUACUGUAAACUUUGUUUGGGUAUGCAGAGAUACGUGGACAAAUCUGCCGUACUGGGACAGAGCGGCAGUGCAGUUGGCUUCCUCAGAAGCAUGCUUCUGCUGUGCCACUUGACUCUUCAGAUCCCAGCCUUGUCGUGGUACCUUCUUCUCUCUGUGGAUGCCCAGGAGGUGGCCACGUUCACGGUGCAAUACAAAGUGUUUGAGGAAGUACCGAAUGGAACGGUAAUAGGAAAACUAUCGGAGCAUUUUGUUUGGGUUGGGGGAAGUAAAACAGCAGAAACCUUCCAACUGAUGCAAUUCCCAAGGAGAUUCCCGCUCCGGGUGGGAAGUGGGGAUGGCUUGCUCAGCACUGCCGGGCGGGUGGACAGGGAACAGCUCUGCAGGCAUAACGAUCCAUGCUUAGUCUCUUUUGAUGUGCUGACUGCCCAAAAUUUGGCUCUAAUCCAUGUGGAGAUUCAAGUAUUAGACAUCAAUGAUAAUGAUCCUCAAUUUCCAACGCCUGAACUGGAGCUGGAGAUUUCAGAGAGCGCGUCUUUACGGACGCGGAUCCCGCUGGACCGAGCCUUGGAUCCAGACGCUGGCCGCAAUGCGCUCUGCUCCUACUCACUGUCUCCCAGCGAGCACUUUGCUCUGGAGGUUGCCUUGGGCUCUGACGGAACAAAACAUGCGGAGCUUGUUGUUGUUAAAGAGGUAGACCGAGAGCUGCACUCUUCUUUCGAUCUAAUAUUGACAGCUGUUGAUCAUGGGGAACCGCCAAAAUCAGGUACCACUCUAAUUAAAGUCAUAGUUCUCGACUCCAAUGAUAACAGCCCUGUCUUUGCAGAGAGCUCUUUGACAGUAGAGAUUUCAGAAGAUGCUCUGCCUGGGACUCUCCUCAUAACAGUCACAGCCACCGACCCUGACCAGGGUCCCAAUGGAGAAAUAGAGUACUGCCUUAGCAAGCACGCUCCCCUGGAGGUGCUGAGCACCUUCAGCAUCGAUGCCCGGACUGGCAGCGUUGUCCUGAAGCACCCCCUGGACUAUGAGGAAAUCCAAACCUACGAACUGGAUGUACAGGCCAGAGAUCUGGGCGCUAAUCCCAUCCCAGCACACUGCAAGAUCCUCAUCAAAGUGCUGGACGUCAACGACAACGCCCCCGAUGUUCACAUCACCUGGGCUGCCCGGGUGCCGGUGCUCUCUGAGGCCCUUCCCAAAGACAGCUUUGUGGCUCUGGUGACUGCUAGUGACCCCGAUUCAGGAAGCAAUGGACAAGUGCAUUGCUCUCUUAGUCAAGGAUAUGAACACUUCAGGCUGAAAAGGACCACCAGCCACAGUUAUGUGCUGAUGACCAAUGCCACCCUGGACAGGGAGCUGUGUGCUGAAUACAACCUGACCUUGCUGGUGCAAGACCAGGGCAAUCUCUCCUUAGCUGUGCUCAAGUACCUCACUAUUUGUAUCAGUGAUGUUAAUGACAAUGUCCCCAAAUUUGAAAAGGGUACCUAUGAUACUGCCAUUGCUGAGAACAGUCAGUCACCUUCUUACUUGAUUACUGUCAGUGCCAAUGAUCCUGACUUAGAUUUCAAUGGAAAAAUCACCUACAGCAUCCAGGAUUCCUUUGUUUCAGGUCUGGUCUCUAUUGACCCCAGCACGGGGGAUAUUUUUGCCCUCCGAGCUUUUGAUCACGAGCAAAUGAGCAGCCUCGAGUUCUUGGUGACAGCAGAAGAUGGUGGUCACCCCAGACUCAUGUCAAACGUCUCUGUGAGGUUGGCCGUGCUUGACGAGAAUGACAAUGCCCCUGUCAUCACUGAACCGGCGCUGGUGGGAGGUGCAGCAACAAUUUCUGUUCUCAUCAGCCCAGAGACGGGGUGCUUCUUCACAGCUCCUGGGAACUGGAGCACCCCUGGGGCAGCACCUGUCAAUGUGACACGCGUGUCCUGCUCGGACGCUCCCUUGCUCUUCACCAUCGCAGCCAGUGACCUGGACUCUGGCCUGAAUGGGGCUCUCCAGUAUGCCAUUGUGGGUGGGAACGAUGCCAGACUUUUUGUCCUCGAUCCACUCUCAGGGCAGGUGUUCCUCAACUCCAGCAAUGCCAGUAGUCUGGCUGGGAGCGAGAGGGAGCUGGCUAUACGGGUGAGUGAUGGAGCAGAUGUGCCCCUGCACACCCAGGCCUGUGUGUGGUUCGUUUUCAGAAAUCAUGGUGCUUUCUCCAAAACUUCAGCCCAGGAGUCUCAGAGGCUGAGCCCGUCAGUGGUCACUGUUAUUUGCCUGGCUGCUCUCUUAGGCAUGUUCCUUCUUAUUCUGGUUUUAAUUGUGUCUUUGUGCAAAAAAGAGAAGAAGGACAGCAUGGCCUACAACUGCAGGGAGGCAGAGGAUGCCUACAGGCAGCAGCAGCUCAAAAAGCCGCACAGGCAGAUUCAGAAGACAGACAUACACCUAGUCCCGGUGCUCAGGAGCAGGUCGGAUGGGCCCAGAGAGGCUGAGCUCCUGCGUCCCUGCGAGGAGGCUCUGCUAAGUGAGGGUCCUGUGGACCCCGAGCGCAGGGGCUCCCUGCAGGCUCCCUUCCACCUGACCCCCACUCUCUAUCGGACUUUGAGAAACCAGAGGAACCAAAGAGACUCGGAUGAGCAGCAGGAUGCUUUUAACCUCACUCUAAUGCAGCGCCGGCCCUGCCAGCCUCACAGACUGAAAAAUCCAGCCAAAGAGCCUGCGAGCCCUCCAGAUGCGCUGCCUCAUUGCAAGAGCUUGGUGAAGCCACAGCUGAGGCCGGUGGGAGACCCCUUGCUGCCACCGAACCAGCCUGUGGGCGCUGCUUUGAAGGGACAGAGUGGUGCUGAGGCGGACGGGGUGCCUGGUGAGGCCCAGCCCCACCAGCACAUCCUCAGGAGCCUGGUCCGGCUCUCGCUGGUGGCGCUUGCAGAGCAGAGCCCCACAGGAGAAUUUGCCAUGGAGUCGCCUCCGGUCCAGCAAAUCUCUCAGCUGCUCUCCUUGCUGCACCAGGGCCAGUUUCAGCCCAGAACAAAUCACAGGGGGAACAAAUACACGGCCAAGAACGGCAGCAGGGCUGCGGGGCUGGAUGCCGAUUGCCUGAGUACAAAGGACAGUGGCCAUGGAGAGAGCGAGGCAGAAGACCGUGAUUCAGAGAAUGGGUUUGAUCUUUCCAUGCAGCAGCUGGUGGGAGAAGAACUUGAGACCCUUCUGGACCCACAGGCAGAGCUGGCCCUCAAGAGGCUGACAGCUGCAGACCCAGAAUGGGUGGCUCGGCUCUCCUUGCCACUCACCAGUAGUUACAAGGACAAUGUCUUCUCCCCUGAUUCUCCGCACUCACCUCAGGACCAGGAAGCUGCAAGGCAGGAGAAACCAAGGACCUUUGAGACAUUUGGCAAAGUUACUGAGUCUGACUCGAGUGCCGCUGGGACAAAACUGGCCAGCACUUUCCUUUCAGAAAUGAGCACCCUCUUUGAAAUGAUUUUAUCUCAGAAGGUCCAAGUCCACAAUGAAACAGGCUCAGGGCUUCUGCGGCAGCUGUCAGCACGUGGGAAGAGCCUUGGACUGGAUGACAGUGCUCCUGUUCUGUAGGCAGCUUGGCAGCUGUGAGAAGGAGAGGAGAGUCAAACAGAGCUUUCUGUAUUUAAGGUGCACAAGUGUGUGUCAAAACAGGUUCAACAGAACCACAACAAGAUCCGCAUCUAGACUGAUCAUGACAGGCAUGUUUCUCCCUUUGCCAAGCCCCAUCAAAUUUCUCCAUGACUGAUUUCACCUUCUUUAGCUCUCCUCCAACUGCCUGUUCUUGCCUCCCUAUCUUUCCUAUUCUUCCACCCCCAUCUUUCAAUUACACUCAAGUCAUAAAACAGAAGAGCCAGAGCAGGUAGAUUAAGAAAGGGGGGGUGUUAGAUUAUCCACAAGUACAACACAAUCAGAUACAGCCACGUGAUCGUGGACUGUGCACCAUGGAUAUUGUACUACCAGUCAUGGACUUGGCAACAUGCUGCAGAAUUGGCCCAAAGGAUCUCAGUUCUUAUUUAAAAUAAAAAUGUUUUUUUUCUAACA